AUGACGUGGUAUCCCAACAGACACAGCUUCCUAACUGCAGUGGGCUUCCUACUCCUGUGGCUCUUCAUCACUUUGAAACUCUUUGACGAAAUUGAGCAUAGUCAAAACCUGGUGAUUAUUAAAGACCAAGUUGCAAUGUCAUGGCUGACAGUGGGGAUCUCCUCAGUGUCACAACAAAAUCAAGGCCACCUGUUGGACACCUUGGCUUCACUAUAUCGCACCUGUUCCCCAGCUGAGAAGAAGCAUCUCACAGUGCUGCUCCACCUAGCAGAUGCCAACUUCACCUGGCUCCGACAAAUGGUCUCCCACAUUUCAAGACUCUACAGCUCACAGAUCUUGGCAGGGAAGUUGCUAGUGAUCCAUGCUCCCCCUGACGCCUACCCCACUGUGGAUGGCACCCAGAACGAGACCUCACAAGGGCAAUUCUACUCCAAGCAGAACACAGACCAUGCCUUCCUCAUGAGCUUCGCCCAAAACCUCUCUCCUUACUUCCUGCUACUAGAGGACAACGUCUUUUGUGCCCCCAACUUUGUCACCCAUAUUUAUUCAACAGUGGCCACCAUGAAACCCAACCCAUGGGUACUCUUGGAGUUCUCUAACAUGGGACUCGUUGGCAAGCUCUUCCACAGCAGGGAUCUUCCGUUCUUGGCCCAGUUCCUGCUCCUAUUCCACAAGGAAAACCCCCUCGACAGGCUGAUCCUUCACUUCCGUACCCUCCUGGGGCAGAAAACCCCUCUGCUCUACAGACCAUUCCUCUUCUAUCACAGGUUGUACCGUCACCCCUUUGGUGACAAAAAUGCCGUGAACAUUCAGGAGAAUCCUUACGGUCCACACAUCCUCCCUGCCGCUGUUUUCACAGACAUGAAGGUUUCUGAUGUUCAUGUGCCCUGGGAGGCUUACACACUGGAUGAGUCAUUUUUUUGGACCUACAACGUUAGCACAGGGAACCACUUGACGGUGCUUUUGAACCAUCCAGCAAACCUGAGAAGAGUGCAAGUGAUAACAGGAGCCAUCGUGGAUGGAAAGUAUGCCCUACGGAAGGGACAGGUGGAGAUAGGCUACCACCCUGAUGGAAUGCCUCGGUCCUGUACCGACUUUGUCCUGCUGGGCCGUCUCCAGCAAGGGCUGAUAGAUCGGGAGAUUCUUGGGGACAGUCUGGGGAAGCACGUGAGCUGUGUGAGGGUGGUGGCAAAUGCUAACCAGGCUGGUGGUCUCAUAAUUAGACACAUUUACCUCUGGAAGGAAAAUGCCAAUGAAAGAAAAAGGAUGCUGAAAGUUAAUGAUAAAGCAGUAUGA